AUGGCUGGUAGAGGUAGAGGAGUGGGUAUCACCAAUGACCUCCUAGAGCGGAUGACUCAAGUUCUAGAGGCUUUUGUGCAUAAUCAAGAUGGAGAGUCAGGUGAGUAUAGAGGACUGUUUGCCUUCACUAGGCACAACCCUCCAAAGUUUGAGAAAAAGUUCGACCUAGAAGGAGCCCAAAGAUGGGUGGCAAAUGUGGAGAAAACCUUUCACUCCAUAUGGGGAGGUAGAGGACUGGUGGAGAAGGCACGAGAAUUCCUUAGCUUAAAGCAAGGAAAUAUGACAGUGGGAGAGUAUGCGGUGAAGUUCCAGGAGUUGAUGAAAUACUGGCCUCACUACCAAUAUGAAGAUAAAGAAGAGGAUUUGUGUGCUCAAUUUGAGCAUAGGUUGAGACCAGAGAUCCAUGCUGCAGUCAGUGUAUUUCAGUUGACUGACUUGCCCACCUUGGUGAGCAAGUGCAGAAUAUUUGAAGCUAACUCGAAGGGAAAGACAGUGGACACCAGAGGGAGUGGUUAG